AAAAUAUGUUCUGCAUGCCUGGCAAGCGACGUCAUGUCAUAAAAGUUACUGUAGGCAGAACUUUUUCCUCCAAGUUAUGGCACUUCAUUUAUUAUACUUACAUUUUAUAACUAAAGUUAAGUAUAUGCGACACAUAUUACGAUGGGAAAAGAACAGGUGGAUGAUAGACUGUCGAUGAAGAGCGCGCACCACAGACAUGGCGUCUAUAGUAUUUUUUUUUUUUUACGCGGAAGCCAUGUCACCAAUGGCCGCUUCUCCUUCAUCCUGCGACCAUCAAGAGGACUGGGGCGAAGAGAUGAUGGAGUUGAACAAGGAUUUAGAGAGAAUGAUUGAAGACGUGGAAAAUAUAUCAGUACAGCUGACGUGGAUGGCCUAUGACAUGGUGGUGCAGCGAACCAGUCCUGAUCUGGGGGACUCCAUUCGUCGGCUGGAGGAAGAGUUUCUCCGCUGCAGGGCUGUCAUCUGUAGCUCCCCUGGGGAACAGGAGCCAAACCAGGGGCAGGGAAAUGACCAGGGGAUGGGAUAGGAACCGGGACAGGGGCUGAACCAGGGGCAGGGGAUGGGAUAGGAACUGGGACAGGGGCUGAACCAGGGGCAGGGAAAUGACCAGGGGAUGGGAUAGGAACUGGGACAGGGGCAGGGAAAGGACCAGAGGAUGGGAUAGGAACUGGGACAGGGGCAGGGAAAUGACCAGGGGAUGGAAUAGGAACUGGGACAGAGGCUGAACCAGGGGCAGGGAAAGGACCAGGAGAUGGGUUAGGAACUGGGACAGGGGCUGAAGCAGGGGAUGGGAUAGGAACUGGGAUGGGCUGAACCAGGGGCAGGGAAAGGACCAGGGGAUGGGACAGUGUCAGGGAAUGGACCAGGGGAUGGGAUAGGAACUGGGACAGGGGCUGGGAUAGGAACUGGGACAGGGGCUGAACCAGGGGCAGGGGAUGGGAUAGGAACUGGGACAGGGGAUGGGAUAGGAACUGGGACAGGGGCAGGGGAUGGGGAUGGGAUAGGAACUGGGACAGGGGCAGGGGAUGGGAUAGGAACUGGGACAGGGGCUGAACCAAGUUAUGUGAAUGAAGUGUCCUAGACCUGUACAUACCACCCCCAUCCCACUGACAGAUGUGAUUGGCUGUGAUUCACCAGGAAUAUCUGAUGUUCUGAAAUGGACCUGAAUCCUAAGAUAGUAGCCUGCGUCCUGUCCUGUAUGCUUGUCUACAAUGUUGUUGCAGUUAUAUGUAUACUAGUCUCAUCUCUAGCAGCGACCACUGCCCCACACUGCAUGCUGUCUAAGCUGAGCAGCAGGCUGUUGUAUGGUGCUGUUGUAUGUAGGUUAUUGUUGUGUGUUGUGUACCUUUGGACAGGGUGUUCAAUUAGCUUUAGUGUUGUGUUCUGAAUUUGUGGUUUGGUCAAGUAAUAAGAUAAACUUCAAUAGCGAAUUUUGACUGUCAGCUUGUUUAUUGGGAUGCCAAAAGAAGUUGGUAAAAUGUGCAUACACGUGUUGACAUUCUACAUAUUGAUAGUCACAUCCUAGUCGUA